UGCUGGCAUUUACACUACGUUCUUCUUCUUCUUCUUCUUCUUUACUCCCAAGCCAAUAUCACAGAAAGGCUGUAAUUGUCCCUAUAUUUUUCUUUGCACCAACUAGUAUAUACCGAUAGCAAUUUUGUGAGUGUUUCUGGUAUUAAACAUUAAGCUGGAAGCUGUAAAAUAAGAGGAAUGGGCCAGGCAUUUCGUCGAGCAUCUGGCAGAAUACGAGCCACCGACCCAUCGCCGACUGCCAAGAGCGUACGGGAACGCAGGCCUCCCGUGGGCACCACCGAAAAGGUGAAUAUCUCAAGGAGAACCGCCCAAUAUAACAAUCAGGACAGUCUUGAUUCUGAUGGUGCUCCGAGAGUUAACGCUGACAAUGUCCUUGAAGAACGAGAUCCUCAAUUUGAUGCAAUGCUUAGUCAAAUGGUGGGUAGAAUUAGAUCAAAGCCUGGAGGGAAACUUCAGAUCGGUGAGGCAGCAGUGGUAGAAAGGUAUAAUAGGCCUAUGCCAAAGCUGCGGAACACAAAACCUGAUUCUGGCAGGUAUGAAGAAAGACCUGCUCCUCAAGGAACUUUGAAUGUGGCACAGCUGCGCCACAUCAUGCUUCUGCAUCAAGGUAAAGCUGAUGAUCACAAUGGACCAAUGGACAUCCACCAGAUUGCCAAGAAGUUUAGACUAGAAGUUGCACAGGUGGAGCAGAUCUUGCAGUAUGUAUCACUGCCACCGGAGGAUAGCAACAAACAGAAAAGUUAUCAGUGAUCACAGGCUUUCACUUCUGCUUUGCUAACACGAUACUCUGUUGAAUAAGGAAGAGUUGAUACUGCAAUUUGAAAUUUUAUCAGCUGGGCAAUUAUGGUUUCAUGUCCUUCGUCGCAUAUCAAAUAUAACUAUUUCUUGACCAUAAGUGUCUCGGGAAAGGUUGUACAAUUAUCUGUUGUGCUCGGGGGUUAAGGAUGCUAUGACUAAGUUCACUUUGUUGGUACUUUCCAGCACUCGAGGCCAUUUUUGUUUAAAGAGUUGGGGGGAAAGUUUUUUUCCUUUUUAUUUGUUUCUUUGUGUGUAAUUCAACACGUGGCGUUUAACAUUGUUAGACUGCGAUAAUCUUUUACCUGCUAAACAUUCCAUGAAUUUCAAAUCUUCAGACAUUUUGGAA